CUGACAGUUGGGUGUGCGCUUCGGUAACAACGCACGCUCGUGCGGGGUCACCCUAUGUUCGUGCCGUGCGUCAGCAAGCGCACAGCACUCACGAACACACAAUCAGUUGAACUGUCAGGACUUUAAUUGUUUUCAUAUUUGUAGUUCGCGCGCGUCGUUGCACGCCGGUUAAUAUUGCUCUGGUCAAAAUAUUCGGAAGCGAAAUGGCUACGCUGGAAUAUGAAGCAGUGAUUACGUGUGAGGCCGUUGCGGAUCAGAUGUCGUGCGUGCGCUGGAUCAACGAUGGUCGCAGCACGCACGCGUCUUUUGUCACCGGUUCGUACGGCGAGGCGUCGAACGUACUCGCUUGGUGGCAGCUGUCGAUCCCGGGAAGCAUCGGCGAGGGCGACUACCAAGAGAGUCAUAAGAGACCGAAAUGGCUGACCGAAUCAUCCAUCCAGGGUGACAUUACUGCGCUGGAGGCAGGGCCUACCGGAACGCUCCUUGCCGCAACCUCCGAAGGCCUUUGCUGCGUAGUGAAGAUGGAGGAAGUGCUGGACGAACAUCGGCUGCAGCUCAGCCAGUGGUUCCAGGGUAGCCACACGUUCGACGGAGAGCAGAAUGCUAGCUGUACGGGGUUAUCGGUGUACGACAGUAUGGUAACAACCGUGGGCGAAGACGGUCGCCUUUACUUAUACCGGUCGAUACAUGAUACGGUACCGCUGCGCGAGUACCAAGAUGCCAAUGAGUCUAGCUAUCGCUGCGUGAAGCUGCUCGAUUCCAACAAUGUGCUCGUCGGCAGCAGCAAUCAUCUGCUACACUGCUUUGACCUGCGCAAUGGGUCGGACAUGCCCUCGUUCUCAUUGUACACGGGUGAGAAGGAGGAGGAAUUGGCAGGCUCAUCGUGCGCCGUCUGUAUUCGCCCGAUGCUGGGCAGGGACAAGUUUAUAUUCGCCGGGCUCGAGAGCGGCACAAUCAUGGGCUGGGACUUGCGGAAUCCGAACGGUGUGACGCAGAGUAUGGAAGGUCACAGUGGAGCCGUCACCGGGAUGUGUUUCCCUGUCUAUUCAGCCGGCACCAUGUUCAGCGCGUCGGACGAUGGCGACAUUGGACAGUGGCAUUUCGACAUGCAGCAAUGGGAGGGCAACAGAAUCGCCUUUCAACAGCUGGUGAAAUGCCAAACGCGCAUCAUGAAACAGCGCCACGCCAUCCGAUCGAUCGAUGCGAAUGCGACCCAGCUGAUAGCGGUUGGCGAUGGGCGGAUGAUAUUUUUCAUCGACAGCGUUUCGUACUAUUUAGCGCCAUGAGCGCCGAGAGAAGGCAGCGCCAAGGCGCCGUUGCCAUCUUGCCCCAUUUGGCAAAUCAAUUGGGGUAUUUAGUUUAUUGAUUGGGGAGGGCAUACAUAUAUAUUUAUCUAGGGAGCUAAUACAUGUGCAUGUUAUAUGCGCUACGAUCAUUGAACAUUAUUUUCACCCAUUCACUUU